UCAUUGGACUUCAUGAAGGCUUUUCAUUUAUUUGAAAAUGUGGAUCCAGAGAUUUUAUUACAACCUUGGGUUUUUAUCCUCUAUUCUCUAUUUUUUUCUUUUAAAAGUACAGUUUGUGCAACGUUAAUUGUGUAGAAGUGCCUUGUGUGUUUGCUAAGAAAGGAGUGAGCAAAGGAAGAAGCAGAGCAGUGGCCUUUUUUGCUGCCGCCUUCUUGCUGAAAUGCUAACCCUUCAGAAGCAAUUAUACAAUCUACAUGGAGAAACACAGAGAUAGGAACAAAACUAAACAAUGACUGGCAGGUCACUUUGUCAGUGGAAUUCUGAUCACAUUAUUAUGUAAUGCAAACCAUGAACCAGUCUACGUUGAUUGAAUGGAAGACUCUGAAUAUGAGCAGUAGCACUGUGAAUGUAUCUGAACAUCACUCCUGCCCAUUUGGAUUUGGAUACUACAACGCCAUUGACAUCUGCAUCCUGGAGACUAUAAUUAUUGUCUUACUAACUUUUUUAAUUAUUGCUGGCAACUUAACAGUAAUUUUUGUCUUUCACUGUGCUCCACUAUUACAUCAUUACACUACCAGCUAUUUUAUUCAGACUAUGGCUUAUGCUGAUCUUUUUGUUGGGAUUAGCUGCUUGGUUCCUACGCUGUCAUUGCUUCACUACUCUACAGGUGUCCUUGAGUCCCUGACUUGUCAAGUUUUUGGAUAUGUCAUCUCUGUACUAAAAAGUGUUUCUAUGGCUUGCCUUGCUUUCAUUAGCGUGGAUCGCUACCUUGCUAUCACGAAACCACUCUCCUACAACCAGUUGGUCACACCUUGCCGAUUGAGAAUCUGCAUCAUUUUGAUUUGGCUUUACUCCUGCCUGAUCUUCUUGCCUGCCUUUUUUGGCUGGGGAAAGCCAGGUUAUCAUGGAGACAUUUUUGAAUGGUGUGCAACCUCUUGGCUUACUAAUGCCUAUUUUACUGGCUUUAUUGUUUGCUUACUAUAUGCUCCAGCUGCCUUCGUAAUCUGUUUUACAUACUUUCACAUAUUCAAAAUCUGCCGGCAGCAUACCAAAGAGAUAAAUGAUAGGAGAGCUCGUUUUCCUAGUCAUGAAGUGGAUGCUGCUACAGAAAGUGGGCAUAGCCCAGACCGCCGCUAUGCUAUGGUCUUAUUUCGUAUAACUAGUGUGUUUUAUGUUCUCUGGCUCCCCUACAUAAUAUACUUUAUGUUAGAGAGCUCUAGGGUGCUGGACAAACCAGCUCUCUCCUUUUUAACAACAUGGCUUGCUAUAAGCAAUAGUUUUUGUAACUGUGUUAUAUAUAGCCUCUCAAACAGUGUUUUCAGGCUGGGACUUUGGAGACUGUCAGAGACAAUAUGUUCAUCUUGUAUACGUAAAAAAGACAGCAUUGUUCAGGACCCGGUACCUAGAAAACGGGCUAAUUCCUGCUCUAUCUAAGGAGAUCUGGGAGAGGCAAUUACAAUCUACUGUAGGGGCUAGGUAGCAUUUCAUACUUUGAAAUAUUGCUACAAAAUUUAACUUAAUCACUAUAAAAUUCAUUAUGGGUUGAAAGCUGACUUAAGAAGAUAGGUUGUUUUUAAGGAUGGAUUCUUGAAGAGCACUGAAAUGGUCAAGAGAUUAUUCUUGAAAUUGUGGUACAUGAGUGAGUCACUGGUAAAUGUGAGGGAAACCUUCCAUAGUGUGGACUAGUCAGUUCAGACUUGAAGAAUAAUUUUAUCUACAUUAAUAGUUAAAUUGUCACAUAUUAUAUAUGUGGAUGAAUAUGCAGUACUCUGUUGUAUUAAGAUAUAUCUUGUUUAAGGCAGCAUAUCAAUUAUGUCCAUAGCAGAUACAAAAUAAAUGUUUUGAUAUAAGGCAGCUUCAGUUUUGUAGUUUUUGUAUUCUAUACAAAAACAUCUAUAAAUGGCUGUAAUCUUGAAAUUAAAAGAAACCAAUGUCUUUGCAGCAAAAUAACUUGAACAUAUUUUAUUUUUCUAGUGUCAUAUGUAUUAAUUAUUUAUCUACUGUUGUUUUAAAAUCCUGAGUCCCCAUUGUCCAGACAUGAUCUUUGUUUGGGGCCUGAUCCAACCCCUCUCUGUGUCCAUCCCAUCUCCCACUCCCCCCCCCCACACACACAACUCAAGGUGGGGAAAGGCUGGAUUUUGCUCUUCUUGAGUCAGCAUUGGGCACAAUCCACAGUGUGUGACUCCUAAUCAACUGCCAAAUUAAAUCUUAAAGAGAUUGUACUCAGGGUGGAGGGGCAGGCUUUGGGGGGUUAUACUUCUUGAGUGGAACAUAUUUAGUCUUUUCUAGUGCCUCCUAAAGUAGCACACGUGACAACUAUUUGUGCUAAUGCAUUUGCUUUAUAAGUAACACAUGCGAUACCAUCCAAUAGCAAUGUGGUUUAGCUGUUCAAAAUUUUCAAGAUGUGUAUUUUAAAAAGUAGGCUCCAUUUUCUUUAUUGUAGUUAUUAAUGUAUUACAUGAAUUUUGCAUGUGUAUACUAUAUAAUUUUAUAUGUACAAUUUGUAUUUUGUGCCUAAUGGUUUUCCUACAUAUGGUUAAGUCACUGGUGGUUGUUUUAAACCUGGGGUAAAUAAAAUUUUAAAGUAGAUUUUAUAAAGAUAUAUUUUGAAAAUGUUAAAUGUAUAUUAGACAAAUAUUAAGUCUAAAAGAUCCUAAUAUUUGAGCCGUGUAAGAACUUCAGUACUUUAUAUUGCUUUUGAGGGUACACAGAUGAAGGGUUUUUGAAGGGAACUUUUAUCUGGGCUUCCAUAAUACAUUUGUGAGGGCUCAAUAAACACUUGCAGCCAAAGUUUAGCUUUUAAAAAUCCUGCUGACUUCAGUUGAUGAAUUAAGUACAUGCUUUAAAUAUUUCCUAUUAAAAUAAGUGAGACUUCAGAAUUGAGCUUGGACUGGAUUCU